AUGGAUCAUGACUCAGGCGAAGGGAAGCUGGAGAGUGCGCCAAAGUUCGACGGGAGCGACUAUUGGACUUGGAGCUUCCGAUUCGAGCAAUGGGCAGAGGCACACGAUCUAUGGGGGUACUUUGAUGGUUCAGAGGAGCGGCCUGCAUCGGGUGACGCACGGCUAAAGUGGGAGAGGAGAAAUCAGAAGGCAUUCGCCCAAUUCUGCAAUGCCUUGGUGCCAGAUGAGCUGAUUCGCUUAGUACGGGAGUUCGGCGGCAAGACCGAGUUGGGCAGCGCACCUAUUGAUGGCGGAACAAGAGCGGUCACCCGAGUUCCUGCAGGCACAGCAGCGGCAUAUACACGAGUGAAGGAGUUCUACCUUCAGCGUGGAUUGUGUAACCGGAUGGCACUCUCUGAGGAGCUCUCUUCCUUGAAGAUGAAAGAAGGGGAGGGAGUGGCUGCAUACUGGGCGCGUGCCGAGGACUUGAGGUCCAAGUACUUGGCUGCAGGAGGGAAGGAGGAGGUUGAGGAGUGGAUGAUGAGGGUACUCAAAGGACUACCUCCUCACUUUGAGAUGCUGAAGGUAGUGCUGAACAACCAAUCACCAUCGCUUACUAAGGAUCAGCUGCUUACCUCUUUGAGGAGCGAGGAGAUGCGGAUUGGUGUCGCACCAAGAUCGGAUGGUGUAGCCACUUUUGGAGCGGGUACGAAAGUGGGCAGCAUCGGCAGGGGAAAUUGGGACAAGGGAGGAAAGCAUGGAGGCAGCGGUAACAGCAGCGGCACCAACUCGGGCAGAUGGGGUCAGGGGAAAGGCAAAGCAGGAGUGCUUGAUUUCCCUUGGGGGUCCAAGGGCAUGGCUCCUAGGGGGUUGUGUCAUGGCUGUUGGGAUGAGGGACAUGCAUGGCAGCGAUGUCCUCACCGACCUAAGGGAGGCAUUCCGGCAUUCUUACAGCGGGGGGGUCGUGGGUCCAACGGCAAGGCACAGGUGGCGGAUGAGGAGGAGCAGGAUGACAAGGCAGAGGUAGCGGUUGGAGAGGCAGUUGCAGCAGUAGGAAGGGAGCAGCCGCGAGAGGGGUGGUGGAUUGACAGUGGAGCCAGCCACAACUUUACUCCUUAUGCAUCCGACUUCAAGAGUAAGCUUGAGCCACCUGAGAUUCGGGGAGUUAGAUUGGGAGAUGGACGGGUGGUGAAAGCUGUUGGCAUGGGUGAGGUGCCAGUGGUUGGUGCUGGAGGUCAGCUGCUGAGGAUUCAAAAGGUCCACCUUGUGCCUGAGAUGCACACACGUCUGCUGUCAGUCCCACACCUCACCUCUCAGGAUGUCAUCGUCACAUUCCAGGGCAAGAGAUGUGUUAUCAAACGGGGAGAGAGGGUGUUGGCGAUUGGAGAAAAGGAGGGGGGAAGUGACCAUGGUUUGGUGCGGAUGUCUCUUCCUCUUGCUCGGGGCACACAGGGCAGUGCUCUUGCUGCUGGAUCCUCCUCCUCAUUUUCCCCAUUGACCCUUGCUCACCGCCGCCUUGGUCAUACCGCCCCCACAACACUGCAACAGAUGGCUCGAGGGAACAGUGUACUGGGCUUGGAGAUUUGGGGGGGGAGCACUGAUUGCUCUCCAUGUGAGCCUUGCUUAUUGGGAAAGUCGGCUCGAAAGUCGUUUCCCCAUGAGGCGUCUCGGGCACUUGGGCCUUUGGAUGAGGUCCAUAUGGACUUGUGGGGGCCAGUGCGUACACCGUCACUGGGAGGAGCGGUGUAUGUCCUCAGCCUCAUUGACGACUUCACAAGACGAGUUUGGUCGUUCCCACUCCCCAACAAGGAAUCAGCCACAGUUGCAAAAGUUCUUCGACAGUGGCAUAAGGACGUGGACUUGGAGUGUGGGCGGAAGCUGAAGGCUGUUCGCUCAGACAGGGGUGGCGAGUUCUUGGGGGACGCUGUGAAAGCAUGGAAGGCGGAGUUUGGCAUUAAAACGCAAUUGAGUGUCGCAGAUACUCCGCAGCAGAAUAGGGUCGUUGAGAGGUGUCACAGGACGAUGGUAGAGGGGAUUCGCACAUUGUUGGUCGACAGUGGUCUCCCUGCUCGCUUGUGGGGUGAAGCAUUGAUGUGGGUUGUGUGGGUUAAGAACAGGGUCACCCACAGUGCUUUGCCUACCUCCAUCACACCAAUGGAGGCGUGGUCCGGCCAGAAGCCGCAUGUGGGCAUGGCUCGGAUUUGGGGUUGCAUGGGGAGUGUCAUGCUGCAUGGGCAUGAGAAGGGUGGCAAGCUUGAUGCACGGGCUGUCAUGUGUGUCUGUGUUGGGGUGGACAUGGAGAGCAAGGGUUGGCGCAUGCUGGACCCUUCUCUCAUGCGCAUUCGCAUUGCUCGGGAUGUUGAUUUUCUUGAGAAUGUGAUGUGGAAGGAUUGGGACAAGGCAAAGGGAUUUGGGGAGCUUCUGCAGGAUGCAGCUGAGAUUUCCCAACUCCUCCCUCUUCCACUCUCGCCACCCUCAGCAACGGUUGACGACGCUGAGAUGCCACCUUCAUCACCGCCACAGGCACCUCUGAGUGUGUCGGUGCAGCAGCAGCCCACCCCUCUACAGCAGCUCAGUGGCCCCUCGGUCAUUCAGCGGCGAUCCGCUACACAUGCUACUUCCUCUUCCUCCUCCUCUGUUCAGCGCUCUGUCCCUCUCUCUAUGGGUGCACCUACGUCACCAGCGACUACCUCCCCACCACCGGUUACGGGUUUGCAGGUGCUUGGUAUCCAGUCUGGUACAGGUGGUGAGGAGGUAGGGGGGGAUGCUGGUGUGGUUGAGGGCAUGCUGUGUUUGGCCAGGGAGGUGGAGGGUGUUGCACUAGCAGGUGUGAGCACCGGUGAUGUCCCACGCACACUCGCUGAGGCACUGCGUGGCCCUGAGGGCCCUGCGUGGAAGGCAGGCGCUGAGAAGGAGGUGAAUGCAAUGCGCACUAUGGGUAAGUCGCGGUAA